AAAAGGAGCUUUCUCUCUUCCUUCUCCAUUGAAGCACAUAGUCCACUAUGAUCUUACUCGCCUUCAGCACUGCAAAUCGGGGGGAUAUCGUGCAUCGGUCCAGGGUCCUCUUCUUGCAAGCCUUGCUUUGGAUUUUAUGUGCCACCGGAUUCCGAGCAGAGCAGUAUUUUAAUGUAGAGGUGUGGUUACAAAAAUACGGCUAUCUUCCAUCCGCUGACUCCAGAAUGUCAGUGUUGCGCACUGCAGAAACAAUGAAAUCUGCUAUAGCUGCCAUGCAGCAGUUCUAUGGCAUUAACAUGACAGGAAAAGUGGACAGGAACACAAUCGACUGGAUGAAGAAGCCUCGUUGUGGAGUUCCUGAUCAGUUGAGAGGCAACUCUAGAUUUAACAUUCGUCGAAAGCGAUAUGCAUUAACAGGGCAGAAGUGGCAACACAAAUAUAUCACUUACAGCAUAAAGAAUGUCACUCCAAAAGUAGGAGAUGCUGAAACCCGUAAAGCUAUUCGCCGUGCCUUCGAUGUGUGGCAGAAUGUAACGCCUCUGACAUUUGAGGAAGUUCCUUACGUAGAACUGGAGAAUGGCAAGAAAGACGUGGAUAUUACUAUAAUUUUUGCAUCAGGUUUUCAUGGAGACAGUUCUCCAUUCGAUGGGGAAGGAGGAUUUUUGGCUCAUGCUUAUUUUCCUGGGCCAGGAAUUGGAGGUGAUACUCAUUUUGACUCAGAUGAGCCAUGGACUUUGGGAAAUCCCAAUCAUGAUGGAAAUGAUUUGUUUCUAGUAGCAGUUCACGAACUGGGACAUGCCCUUGGAUUGGAGCAUUCAAAUGAUCCAACUGCCAUUAUGGCUCCAUUUUACCAAUACAUGGAAACUGACAAUUUCAAACUACCUAAUGAUGAUUUGCAGGGAAUCCAAAAGAUAUACGGUCCACCUGACAGAAUCCCACCACCAACAAGACCCUUGCCGACAGUACCUCCACAUCGUUCUGUCCCUCCAGCUGAUCCCAGGAAGAAUGACAGGGCUAAAGCUCCUCGGCCACCCACAGGGGAUAAGCCCUCCUACCCUGGUGUCAAACCCAACAUCUGUGAUGGAAAUUUCAAUACUCUAGCCAUUCUCCGCCAUGAAAUGUUUGUUUUUAAGGAUCAAUGGUUUUGGCGAGUCAGAAAUAACAGGGUGAUGGAUGGAUACCCCAUGCAGAUUACCUACUUCUGGAGGGGACUGCCCCCAAGCAUUGAUGCAGUUUAUGAAAACAGUGAUGGGAAUUUUGUUUUCUUUAAAGUUUGCCAGAAAACCAAUACAAACUAUGUGCUAGGAUGCUCCCUAGAAAAUAGGUGGUAUUGGAGAUAUAGUGAAGAUAUAAGAACUAUGGACACAGGUUAUCCCAAAUCAAUCACAAUCUGGAAAGGCAUCCCAGAAUCACCUCAGGGAGCCUUUGUUCACAAAGAAAAUGGCUUCACAUAUUUCUACAAAGGCAAAGAAUACUGGAAAUUCAACAAUCAAAUGCUCCGAGUGGAACCGGGGUAUCCCAGAUCUAUCCUCAAGGAUUUUAUGGGCUGUGAUGGACCAGCAGACCGGGACAAAGACCGACACAGCCCUCAAGAUGAUGUAGACAUUGUCAUCAAACUGGACAACACAGCCAGCACUGUGAAAGCUAUAGCCAUUGUCAUCCCUUGCAUACUGGCCCUGUGCCUCCUUGUCUUGGUUUACACUGUGUUCCAAUUCAAGAGGAAAGGAACACCCCGCCACAUACUUUACUGCAAACGCUCUAUGCAAGAGUGGGUGUGAUGUAGGGAUAUUUUUUGUCUUCUUUUCUCCCAGGAGUAGUGGUAACAUGAAAUCCAACAAAAGAGCUGGUUACGGAGUUUCCUAACAAGGAGCAGGCCUGUGUCUGUCUUGGCCAGGGAUGAUCUUUAAAAUCCAGGGGGCUGCUUGUCCUGCACAAGAGUGAGAAUUUUCUCCAGUAGGAAGCUUCAGUCGUACACAGUACCUGCCGUUUCUCCAGUCCUUCGUCUGUCUUUGUCAUUCAGUUCCAACCUUUCCUCUGCACACUCAAUAUACCCAAUGCAAAAC